AAUCACAUGGAUAAGGGUGAAAGGAGAUUGGCAGGGUGACUCUCAACCUUGAACAGUCACCCCGGCACCCUAUGAUAAAGGACCAAGAAGCAUUACCUACCUACUUUCUGAUGAACACGAGAACAUAAUUGGUCAUCGCCAAUCUGCCUUUGACCUUCCUCAAAGUUAGGCUUCUAAUCAAUGAUUAGAAAACUCUUUAACUUAAAGGGCAAAAGUGUCUUCCUUGAAUGUUUUCCUAUUGGGAAUAGCCAGGGGCAGAAAACAGAAAACAUAGAAAAGUUUUAACAGCAGGGUGGAAAAAGGCAGAAGGAACAAAUGCAGAGUCAAUAAAAUCAGAAAUAAAAAUAGAGGAGAAAGCUAGGAGGAAAGAGGAAGUAUUUUUGAAAUCAAAAGUCAGAGGGAGUAAGAAGAGAUAGAAGGAAAAUCUAAUAUAUUGCUAAGAAAAGUUUCUCUCCUUGAGAAUUCUAGAUCAAGAAGUCACACACCCCGCAGAGGAUGGAGAAGAGGUAGCGGAUAUCCAGCGCACAAUGCGGGAGCAAGUGUUCAGCCGGAUGGAAGUCUCUGCCCAUGUUCUGACGGCCUCUGUUCUCCUCUGUUUCAUCCAGCUUCCUGGAGCACGAUGUGAGGAGAAUUGUGUCAGUUCUGAGUACUGUCUGACUACAAACUGGGUACAUCUGUGGUAUAUAUGGCUGCUGGUAGUAGUUGGUGCCCUGCUUCUGCUCUGUGGCCUGACUUCAGUGUGCUUCCGCUGCUGUCUGGUUCGUCAACAAAACGGGGAAGACGAAGGUCAGCCACCCUACGAAGUAACUGUGAUUGCUUUUGACCAUGACACCCUACAGAACACUAUCACUUCCCUGCAGUCAGCAUUUGGCUCUGCAGCUCGGAGAAUUCUGGCUGUAGCCCAUUCCCACAGUUCCCUGGGUCAGCUGCCCACCUCCUUGGACGCCCUCCCAGGCUAUGAGGAAGCUCUUCAUAUGAGUCGCUUCACGGUGGCGAGAUGCGGAGAGAAAGCACCCGAGGUGCCCCCAGUGCCUGGGGGAAAGCAGCUGCCUCCCGUGGAGAAAGAAUCUAGAGUACAGCACCCUUCGCUGUGAUGGGGAUUUGAUUUCUACAUGGGAACCAAGCUUUCCUCAGAGUCUAGAGUGUCAAUAGUCUAAGUCUUCAUUCUUGACAAGUGUUUUCUGAUAUGGACUGUACUCAUCAGGCACUCUAAUUCUUUAUCCAAAGCCAAAAUUCAUUACAUUGAUUACCAACAAGCCAGGAGAGUAUCAGGUGUCUUGAAUUCCUUCAGUCAUUCAGUGCGUAUAAAAUUCCUUCACCUCCUGAUACUAAUAGUUGUAUUUCUACCAGUUCAAAGACUGUGGCAAGCUUGAAGAACAAGAAAUUAUAAGCACAGCCACAGUUACUAAUGCACUGAACCCAGAAACUUUCUUCCUGAAAGAAUAACCAAUUUUAUAAUAGAUUAAAUGAUCAUCUGGGAUAUCAUGCAAUACCCAUUUAUAAUAAAGAAUACAAGAGAGAGAUUGCUGGUGUAGGAUAAGAGAAUAUAGUCUAUGUCAAAUGUCAAAUUUUUUCUAUCACUCCAGCUCUACCCACUAGAAAUAUGAAAAACUGUGCAAAGUAUAACAGUACUAUCACCGCUUCAGUUCCUCUACCUUACAAAUACACAAGCACACAUGUGUGCAAGAAUGUAUGCAUCCUUUUUAAGCUCUAAAACAAUGACGUUGGCUUGCUUCUCUACUCCUUCCUGCUUCUAUCACUUAAAGCCACAGCAUGUCCACAGCAGCUCACACCAUCUCACUGCCACCUUGUGGAGCCAGGGCAGAAAAUGCAUGCUCUUCUUUGGACCUAUCUACGCAUCUCUCUAGCUCUUAGAGAACUAAAUGGGCAAGUAAGCCUGGCCUGGCACUGUCGUGCCUCACAGUGCUGAGCUCACCACGCAGCACACUACCCCUUAAAGUACAGUAACUGGAACAUUGAGGUGGGUAAAACAAGUUACCGACAUUUUAAAAUACCAUUUUGUCACCUGUAAAAGGAGUACUAAAGACAUCUCCAGGAUUUGUUGUGAGAAACAAAGAACAAACUAUGUAACAUAAUUUGUAAAUCAUUAUGCACAUGUAUUUUCUGUUAUUCUUAUUGUCAUGUAUAUUCACCUGUCUGCUAUAAUUCUCCUAAGAAUUAUGUUCUGGUUAUUCCUUUUGCCAACCUGCUAUGUUAUUAAAAAGUUAUAUUGGACACAGCUUUAUUUUAUUAAUAAACACUUGUUGAUUGAGACAAACAACUUAAA